AUGUCAAAUAGCGAUGAUUCGAGAAUCGCAUCACUUUCUGAUUUGGAAAGAGCAACAAAACCACCAGAAAUAACAAUAUCAUCAUUAUCUUCCGCAUCAGAUUUAGAUGAAGAAACUACUCCGACUAAAAAUAUGAUAUCAAGUCCUUUCAAUUUAAUGCUUCAUAGAAGUGCAGAAGUGCCAAAUGUUCAAAUGAGAGAGAAAAAACAACAAAAAAGAGGAGAUACUGUAUCACAUUUUAUUGAAGAUCGAUUUUCGCGAAAUGAUGUUGAUAGACAUUCGAUGCAAAUUGGAAGUGGAUUUUCAAAUCGACGAAAUAAUCAAGAAGGUGGAAGUGGAAGAUGGACCGAUUUAUUUUCAUCGAGCAGAUUUAAAAGAAAGAAAGGAAGGAGUAAAUUGCAUGUUAGUAUAUAAUUAAUUAUUAAAAUUUUGAAUUUGAAUGGGUAUUUCUUUCGCGCAGUAGGAAAUUUUGAUAUUUUUGAGUACGAUACUCCGUUAUUACGCACUAAUUUCCAAGUUUUUGAGAAUGAAAUAACCAAAAAAAUCCCAAAAUUGAUAUUUUCCUUUUCAAAUAAACUUAUUAAUGAUGUUUUGAGAAUAACAAACUCAUUUUUAUACGAGUCAUCUUCAAAAAACCCCCCAAAAAUACUCCAACCUAUUUUGUAAAUUCUAAUAAUUUCCCUAAUUUUUUCUAGAAUGGCCCUUCUUCGUCUUCAAACGAUGAUUAUGGUACAAUUGGUGGAGGAAGUAUUGGCGGAUUUUCGUUGGCCUCAAAUUCAUCCGGUCAGUUUUUCUUUUUCACAAAACAAAAAACUCCGGAAAAUGACUCAUUUUUGUAACGUGACUUUCUUUCUUCCUCUGCAAAAUCUCAUUCAUUUCAUUUCUCAAAAAAAUUUAAUGUGAAACCGAAAUAAAAUAUGUUUCGCACAUUUUCGCUAUUCUAUUCUUGCGAUUCUGAUGAUUUUUUGUAUGAAAGAGGCGAUUAUUAUCAAGAAAGUUCAGAUGAUGAUGAAUAUUUUUCGGAUCUUGACGAAAGUUAGCGAGUUUUUCUUCGAGAGCAAUAUUUAUUGAUUGUAUUGAUUGAUUUGUUUUUAGGUGAAUAUGGAACAAUAAAUGAGGAUGAUUUGAAACGACAAUUCGAGAUGAUUAUGCUGGAAAAAUCGGUGCCCAGAGCGAAAAUUCAGGAUUUGUUGGAUAAAACUAGCAGAGAACAAAUGAUUAGUAUGGUGAAUAAUGCGAAAAGGAAUGAUAUGGCAGCUAAGAAAAAGGUCAGGAUUUUGAGAAUUUUUAAAACUAUUUCGAACAUUUUUAGGUUAACUAAAACUUUUCAAAUCUAAAUUUUUAAUUACUAAAAAUAUUAAUUCACUUACGAAAUCUCUGUUUUUUUCAUAGAAAUAUCAACAAAUUAUUUUUUUUAUUUUCAAAAUUGUGAAAAAAUUUAAAAAAUGUUUUUCAAACCCUCUAUAUUUCAAUACUUUUUGAUUCAGAAAAAAUAUGUUCACAAUUUUUCACUUUUCCAAAUUACUGUUACUGUUUCAUAUUAAAAUUUCAACGCCCCCCCCUUUUAUCAAUUAAUCUUUUCCAGCAAUCUCCCGAAUCAAACCUUGCGGCACUUUCUGCAAUUCUCAAAUCUGAGAAUGUUCUCGAUUGCAAGCAAGAUAUCGUAACUCUUCGAAUCCAACUUCAAUGUCAAAGUGUCACAUUUUUAUAUUCCGUAUGUUUUCUUCUCUUUUUUUUGUUGUACUUUCUUCCUUUUAAAAACCCUUUUUUCUUUCAGUUUGCUGUCGAAGUUCGCGAUGAACAAGGUCGAACUGGAUUCACUUUGAUUUGUCAAUUAUUUGAUUCGGUGAUCCGAAGAUUGUCAUCAGCAACUCAUCAGAAUUUAAAAAAUGCUCUUAUCGAUUUUUUGCAAGAAAUUGUGAAGUGUAUUCGAACGAUUGUUAAUACUUAUGUGAGUUUUUUUUUGGGGAAAAAAUAUAGCCGAAUACAAUUUUUCUUUUUUUAGACUGGAAUUGAGCUUGCACUCAGUAAAGAUUCGCCGGUUUGUAAAUUAUUGAUCCAAACGUUGAUUUGUUUGAACAAAAGGUGAGGAAAUAGGUAUUUUGGGUGUUGGGGCGAUUUAUGAGAUGUGAAAGCAGAAAUUUGAAUUUUUGGGGUCAACAUGAACAUUUUAUAGAAAACAAAUUAUUUUUCUGAAUUUUCAUCAAUUUUGUUGGUUUCUUGUCAUUUUCCUGAAAUUACUUUGAAUUGAAACUUCGAAUUAAAUUUUGAUUUGUUCUUCUCAACAUUGUGUUUAGCUAAAGUGUCAUUUUUUUCUGAAAAUUUGCAAAUUUUCUCUGAAAAAGAUAAAAUUCUCUCCCCCUUCUCUCCGAAUUUAUGAUAAUCAUAUAAAUUCCAACCAGUUUUUUCCUUUCUUUUUCUCCCCCCAAUCAAUUGUGUUUUUUUACAGCGGUUUGGAAACUGUCGAAGUUCGUGCACUUGGUGCUGAUAUAAUUGUAAUAUGUUCGAGUUUAAUGUUGGUCCAACAUGAAACAGCAACAACAUGUCGAAUCGAAAUGACUGGACAACAAAAAAUGUUUGCCGAAUUGACGAAAUUGGCAAAGGGCCAACAAAAAUACGAACGAAUCUCCCGUUUCCAGCCACUCGUUCAAUAUUUGAAACAAUGGAAUCAAAAAGAUCCGAAAUUAAUGACACGUGUAUUGUUGAUGUUGAAUAUGUUGAUAAAUGGAGUUGAUCGAAAUACAAUUGAAGAAGAACAUUGGACAGAUGAAAUGAUGUGGCAAAUUCGAAUGAAAAUGAGAAGUGAAGCUGAUUGGGAUGGAUUGAAUAAAUUGGUGGAAAAAAUGACGAGUGAUGAAGAAAAUAUUGAUUCGAGUAUGAAAGAAGUGGCGAAAAAUAUGGUUAGAGAACAAAAUGCUGAUUUUGAGACAUUGAUUGGAAAAUAUGAUAAUUUGUAAGAGUUUUGGGAUAUUGAAGGGAUUUUAGUUGGAAAAAGCAUAAUUUUUGUUGUGAGAAACUUUUGGCGCCAAAAAUCAUAAAUUCAAAUUCACGUGUCAUAUUUGGGCCCUAGGAACUUUUGAAUUGGAUUAUCACUUGAAAAAGUUGAUCGGACCAGAUCUUCCAAUUAUUAAUUCAGACACAGAAUUUUGUCGAAAAUGUUUUGGUUUUGUUCUAAAAUGUGAAAUUUCAGCCAAAGUGGAGUUUUGAGUUGUACAAAGAAAUAUCAUCCAAAAACCCUUCUUUAUUUCAGAAAAGUAGAAUAUGAUACUCUCAAUGGAUGUGCAGAAUUUCUCAUUUCAACUUCCGAAUCAACUGGUGUUGAACACAUUCUUCUAACAAUAUUCCAACUUCUCUCACUUAUCCCAGAUGAUAUGUCAUCGAAAAGAGCAUAUAUGAAAUUGGUGGAAACUUGCAUUUCUGAAAUAAUUCUUCAUCGAAAUCCCGAUUCACAAGACAAAAUUGUGUUUGACACGCCGAUUUCGGAAAUCAUUGAACAAUUGCAAGACGAGGAAAUGACAAAGAAAUUGAGACAAGCGAUUUCGGCGAAACAAGAAGCUGUUUUGAUGCAAAAUGAAUAUUGGAAAAGUGUGCUGGAAUUUCAGAAAGAAGCCGAAUUGUUGAGAAAACAUAUUUCGGAUCCAAAGAUUCCUUUGCCACCUCCAACAAAACUUACACUUUCUGCACCAUCCACGUCUUCGGCUGGUCCUUCUAAUGGAUUGCCACCAAUAACUGGAGGCCCACCACCUCCACCACCACCCGGAGGUUUGCCACCAAUUACAGGCGGACCGCCCCCGCCUCCUCCACCUGGUGGAUUACCUCCGAUUACUGGAGGUCCUCCCCCACCUCCCCCACCACCUGGAGCAAUGAAAGGUGGUCCGCCUCCUCCUCCUCCCCCACCCCCACCCCCUGGAGGAUUCAAAAGUGGAGCUGGUCCCCCACCCCCUCCACCAAUUGGUGGAUUCGCUAUGGGACCACCACCUCUGCCUGAUUAUUUGCCACCCAAAAAAGUGAGAAAAGUCGAUGUGCCAAUGAGAAAGUUCCCGUGGGGAUCCAACACAAUUGCACCACGUGAAAUCCCGCGAGAAUCAUUUUGGGUGAAUACAAAUGAAGAGGCAUUGACGAAUGAUGGAAUGUUUGAUCGAUUGAAGUUUAGAUUCUCAUCGAAACCCGCCGGAGGAACAGCAAAUGGACAAUCGAAAACUGAUGUAUUGGGUGGAGCUGGAAAUAAGAAGAAAAUUAAGACGGCACAAAUUAUACAAGAUGAUAAAGUUUUGCAAAGAUUGGGUUAGUUUUAAAGCUAAUUGGGGUAGGGUUUUAAAAAAAAGGAAACAGAGUUUAAUUAUGUUUUUGACCUCAAAAAUAUCUUUAAAAAAUUCCAAAACCCAUUUUUCUUCAGGAAUUCUCCAAGGAUCCGUUAAAAUGUCACAUUCUGAACUCAAAACCGCAAUUCUUGAAGUCAAUGAAAAAGUAUUGACAGUCGGUUUUUUGGAACAACUUCGAGCUGCUCUUCCACCUGGAGAUGUUCUCAAAAAAUUGCAAGAAGUCGAUAAAAAACAAUUUGAAGAAAUGCCUGAAGGUGAACAAUUUGCAACAAGAUUGGCACAAAUCAAUGCAUUACCAUUGAGAUUGGAUUUGAUUGAAUUCAAAAUGAGAUUUGGUGAAAUUUUGAAUGAAUUGAAACCGGUAAGUUUUUUGGGGCUGUUUGGAAUGAAAAAUGUUUCAGGCCACGUGAAAAAUGAUAAUAACAUUUCUAAAAUUUUAAUUCCGUAAUUGUGAAUUAAAAUAUUUGAAAUGAAAUUCAAAAUGCCACGUGAAAAAAAUCGGAAAAGUAAAUACUGUAAUGUAUUUAUUGUGCUUAGAAAAAGUUCCAUGAAAAUACUUUUUCCCAUAAUUUAUUUUUUACUUUCACUCUGAAAAUCCACGUGGCUUUAAAUUUGAAGGAACACAUCGUUUUUGAAGUUUCUUUCUCCAAAGUUUCACUUGAAAAAUUAAAAUAAAAUUGUUUUUUGUCCUAAAAAAUUCCUCAUUGCAAUUAUUUCAAAAUUUUGCAGAGUAUGUCAUCUGUGAUGGAAGGAUGUGAAGAAGUUCGAAAAUCCGAAGGUCUCCGACUUUUCCUUCAACUUUUAUUAGCUUUUGGAAAUUUUAUGGGAGGAUCUGCAAAGAAUUAUUCGAAUACUUAUGCAUUUGAAUUGAAAAUGUUGACGAGAGUUAGUUUUUUAUUUAUUUUUUUCUUCUCAAAUUCCUGAUUUUUUUUAGCUGAUUGAUACGAAAGAUGUUGAUAAUAAACAUACACUUUUGCAACAUUUAAUUGAAGAAAUGAGAAGAAUUGAUCCACGAAGAGCACGAUUUGCAUUUAAUGAUUUUCAUCAUUGUAUUGAAUCUUCACGUGUAAAUGCCGAAGAAUUGACAAAAACAACGAAAAGUGUGAAAAUUAAUAUUGGAAAGUUGGAAAAUUGCUUAAAAAUGUAUAAAAGUCAAGGAGAACGCGAUCGAUUCGAGGAAAAAAUGCGGCCGUUUUUGGAAAAAGCGAAUAAGGAAUUUUUGACGGUCGAAAUGAUGUCGGAAAAAAUGAGAAAUGAUUGGCAAGCAUUGGCGAAAUAUUUUGCAUUUGAUAUCAAGAAAUAUCCGAUGGAAGAGUUUUUCACGGAUAUUAGGACUUUUUCCGAACAAUAUUCGGUAGGUUUUUUGAGGGGGGAGGAUUUUUAGAAAAAAAAAUAAAAUGUUGAUGGGAACUUUUAGCAGUCCGUGGAAUUUUCGAUGAAAACUUUUUGUCAUUUCUGAAAAAAAAGUGAAAAAAUAAAGACUCCAAAACAAUUUAGGUUAAAUUUCUCAAAGGGCGAGCUAAGGUCUAGGGAUUUUUCAGAAUGUCAAAUUGAUAACCUUUAAUAUUUUCUAUCUCUUCCGAAAUUACCCUUAUUUCAAACCUUUAAUCAAUAUAUUCCAGACUGCUUGGAAAGAACUCGACGCUGAAAUUGAUGCUGCAAAUGCAGAAGCAAAACGACGUGAAAAGGCAGCUCUGACAAGCGAACUUCAAAAACGACAACAACAAAAAUCUUCGAUAUCAUCCAGACAACCACUUGGUGAAAGACAAAUUCUUGCACCAAAUCAUCAUCAAAAUGGUGCAACUCGAACACCGGCAAUGAUAAAAGUAUCAACUGCUGUUGAUAAAGCUGGAGUAUUAGAUGAAUUAGAAAGAGCAACUGGAAAUGAAGCAUUUUUACAAACAUUAAUGUCGGCAACAAAUUCGAGAACACCUCGAAUUCCAUCAAAUACGGGACGAGUUCGAGGAAUUGGAAAUGGUGGAAGAAUUGGAUUGGAAAGACAAAGAUCGAGAGGACCUAUUGAUAUAUCAAAUAGUAAUCAAAGUGCUAUUUUGGAAAAGGCAAAAGCGAUUGGUGUUAGUUUGCCGGGACAAAAUGAGUUGAAAAUACGAGUUAGAAGGAAAGGAGCACCAGCUGUACCUGUUGAGGUGAGCAGAUUUUAAGGGAAAGGGAAAAGUUCGGGGAUAACUGAUACCAAAAAUCCACGUGAUCCAGGAGAAAAAUUCCAUUUCCUAAAAUUAAACCCAAGAAACUAAAUUUUUCGAAAAUUCACCACGGAGUUCUUCCCAAAAUUUCAGCACCAGCUAUUUUUCCAUCAAAAAUUGACUUAUCGAAAUUUUAUAAAAAUGAAAAGCUUCAAAAUUCUGAAGUACUUCUCAAUUACGAUUCCAAACACGAAUUCUUUCGAUAUCGAAAUUUCCAACUCCUCUAACAUUUGUUUUCCAGAAUGUUCCUCAACCGUCUUCAUCUGCAACUUCUUCAUCUUCUUCACAAAUUUCACCAACUCAUAAAGAAAAUCGUCUACCAGAAGAACAGCAAAAAGUAGCCAAAAAGUUGUCUCGAGAUGAAGAACCGCCUGGAACACCAAAAACACCAAAUACGCCAAUUCCAUCAACAGAUGAUUUAUUAGCUCGACUCAGUCAAUUUUAA